GAGAUUGUAUUCAAUUCAAGUUUUUGAUUUCGAUUUUUCGAUUUUUUUUUUCUCUUUCUCUUUUUCUAACGAUAACCGAUACGCCAUUACGAAUUUUCACCACUUUUGCAGCAAAAUCUUCUCAACAGGAAAAGGUUUUCGCAUGAAGCAUUUCGAGACACCAAUCGACUGAUUUCGCAAUUUUUCGAAUUAAAGCUUUGAUGAACUAGGUGGGAUUUAUGUAAAGAAGGGAAGAGAGGAAAAAAACACCGACGAACGAAGCCUCCGCCAACUUCACCACCAUAACGCCGUCAUAACUUGCUUUCCAUCAUGGCUCUCCUCGAUGGUGCCCCGCAACCCGUGGGAGGGCCUGUCCUCUUCGGCGUGCCCAUGAAGCAGCUUUCCCUUAUUACGUUGACUUUCCAAAAUUCGGUACUGAUUAUCCUCAUGCACUACUCUCGAAUGAUGCCGCCGAGCGGCGACCACCGGUAUUUCACAUCAACGGCUGUGUUCUUGACCGAAGUGAUAAAGCUAGCCAUCUCCUUAACCUUUGCUAUAUACGAAGUUUCGCGAAACCUUGCUCCCUCGACGCCUGCGACUGUCAUUUUCGAGCAGAUCUUCAACUCCGUCUUUUCGGGCGAUGGUUGGAAGGUGGCUAUCGCCGCGACGCUAUACACAUUGCAGAACAUGUUACAGUAUGUCGCAGUAGGAAAUCUUGACCCGGUUCAUUUCCAAAUCCUAUAUCAGCUCAGAAUUCUCACGACUGCGAUAUUUACUGUGACGAUGCUCGGCCGAUCUUUGACCGUGAAGCGUUGGGUUUCUCUCAUUAUUUUGACGCUGGGUGUUUCGGUCGUGUGCAUUCCGCCUUCGAAUUCGAAAGAUAGCUCGUUCAUGAUUCACGAUAUGACGGACCACUUCUUCCCUCGUUCGGUUCAUGAGCUGGGCCAGGUAGCAAACGGAGUGGGCGACGUAGCGAGGGAGCUGACGAAGCGUGGUAUGGAAACCAUAGCCGAGGUUGGCCAAGCUCUCGCGAAACGUUCCGCAACAUACGAAGGGAUCGAGGAGGACCAGAACAUGGCCCCCAUAAUGAACUAUUCGAUUGGACUUUCGGCGGCAGCAGCAGUUGCAGUGAUCUCUGGCCUAACUGGGGUAUACUUCGAAAAGGUUCUCAAGGACACGGAAAAUCCAGCUUCCGUCUGGACUCGCAAUAUACAGCUGUCAUUCUAUUCGCUAUUUCCGGCGCUGCUGGGAAUUAUAUUCAAAGAUGGCGAAGAGAUCGCGAAGCAUGGUUUAUUCGACGGUUACAACUGGAUUGUAUGGGCGUUGAUCAUUCUGCAAGCGUUCGGUGGUGUGCUUACAUCACUUUGCAUCAACUAUGCUGAUAACAUUGCCAAGAACUUCGCUACGAGCAUCAGCAUUGUUAUAGGCUUCCUAUUCAGCGUAUGGUUCUUUAAAGUCCAUGUGACAUUGACGUUCCUUAUUGGUACUGCUCUGGUACUCGUCUCGACCUUUCUGUACACAGGUCCUGAUCGGAAGCGCGGCCGGCCGCCACCGAUCAACAUUGUCAACUAUGAGAAGACGACUAUUGACCCGAUGAAUACGCCAAGAUACACAGAUGACAAGCUUAGCGUUCCCAACCCACUGGAGAACAUAAAGGGUAUGGGUCUCUCAACCUCUCGCCCUGCUUCUCCACUACGAUACCACAACCGUGUACCAUCAUCACAAGGAAAGAACCGGGACGAAUGAGCGUAUACAAAGUAUGGAAUAGGCAAAGAAAAAAAAACGGAGUGGCGGCGGUCCUCGAAUUUUAGAAUGGUACCCCUUAAAAUACCGAAAUGUUGAGCUGAAGUUAAAGUCAGGUUCCCUUUCGUACACAGAGGACUUUAUAGAUGAUGCAUCAUAAGAUCAUUACUGGAUAUUGAUCUAUAUUGAUAGAUGUGUAAGUCCGAUCAGAUUAAGAACAGUGACGAUGACGCAAUGUACCCAGAAAAAUGUGUGAGCAAUAUUGAAUGCGUAGACCACGAAGGAUAGGAAGGGGGGUUAUGGCGAGGAAAAGAAUGAAUUUUUGUGCGCACUGUAUAAAUACCUCCUAUUCAUCUUGACCUAUUGUCACUUCCAGUUGGGAAUCUGUUAGCAUUCCUUGCAGAUAGGUAUUUGAACCUUAUUCCAGCAGUCGAGUCAUACGGCAUUACUGCUUCCCCU